UUUCCGUCGUCUCAGGUGUCCUCGUCUCUGUCUCUCUCUCGUCUCGACAGCGACAAAGAAAACGAGCAAAUCCAUUUCUCAAUCCCGUCGCUUUCGUUCGUUUCCUAAAGAGAAGCUUCUAGAGCUAGGAACCCCGAAUUACACGAGAGCGGCAGAGGUGUAGAAUCGUACUCGACUCAGAGAGAGAGAUGAGGCCUGAUGCGGAGACGUUAGCGGUGGCGGCGAGGCAAGCGGAGAGGUUGAGGAAGGACGGGAACGAGUGUUACCGGAGGAGUCGUUUCGGAGCCGCCAUUGAUACUUACACCAAGGCCAUAACGCUAUGCCCGACCGUGCCUGUGUACUGGACGAACCGUGCCCUUUGCCAUCGCAAGCGGAAUUAUUGGCAGAAAGUCGAGGAGGAUAGCAGAAAAGCUCUUCAGCUCGAUCAUGAUUCUGUCAAGAAUAAAGCACAGAGAUUGGCCAUGAGGCUUUGCCUUAGUGCCAUCUCCCUUCCUGGGAAGGAGAGAGAUCAAGAAUUCGAAACUUGGACCUCAGGAAGAGGCUCACUAUAUGCUGGGACUGGCCUUGCUGCAAAAACAAGAAUACACCGCAGGGUUCAAGGAAUUGGAAGAGUAUGUGGUUUUUCAAUUGCUCCUCUGGUUGUGUUUCCCUCGAAUAAUUAAGAGCUGUUAUUUGUCGAGACAUUUGAAACAAGCAUCAUGUGAUUAGCUCAAAAUGUCAAAUUGGCAAUCAAUUCAGUAGAGGAGGGGUAUAUUGUUAUUUAUCCUGUUUCACAAAUUUCAUGGGAUCUAUGGGUAUUCCCUUGAUUAACUUUUGGUAUUGCCGUACAAGUUUUUGAGGAAGCAAUGGCCUCCAUCGUUUGGGCCGGGUGUUUAUUGCAGUGCAUUAAUAAUCUUUCUUGUUAUUUGGUCCAUUGCGGUAAAAAUAAGACAUUUGACAUAUGCGGAAUUACGUUGGCUUAGAUUAAUUGGUUUUAAUGUCCCUUUCUGAAUAAAGAGGGAGGUGGAAAGUUUA